GGAGAGCAAGAUGGGGCCGGGCGGGGCGGGCCUGGCGUGGAGGUUGGCGGGGGCCUCGGCCGCAGCAGCCUUCUCUUCCUCAUCCUCCUCCUCCUCCUCCUCCUUCCGGGCCCUUAGCUCCGCCGUGGCCGAGGGCUUCCCGAAGCGGGUGAAGGUCGUCGAGGUCGGACCCCGGGACGGGCUGCAGAACGAAAAGGGGGUUGUCCCGACGCCGGUGAAGAUCCAGCUGAUCGACAUGCUGUCGGACGCCGGCCUCCCGGUCAUCGAAGCCACCAGCUUCGUGUCCCCCAAGUGGGUCCCGCAGAUGGCGGAUCACGUCCAAGUCCUGCAGGGAAUCCGGCGCUCGCCUGGCGUCGCCUAUCCGGUCCUGACGCCCAACCUUAAGGGAUUCGAAGCCGCGUUGGCCGCCGGGGCCACGGAGGUGUCCAUCUUCGGCGCCGCCUCCGAGCCGUUCUCCAAGAAGAACAUCAACUGCAGCAUCGACGAGAGCCUGCAGCGGUUCGGGGAGGUCCUGACCGCGGCCAAGGGGGCUGGUGUUCCCGUCCGGGGGUAUGUGUCCUGUGUCCUCGGCUGCCCGUACCAAGGGAAGGUGGCACCGGCCAAGGUAGCGGAGGUCUCCAAGAAGAUGUACUCGAUGGGCUGCUACGAGAUCUCGCUCGGCGACACCAUCGGCGUGGGCACCCCGGGGGGCAUGAAGGACAUGCUGUCGGCCGUGCUGGGCGAGGUGCCCGGCGAGGCCCUGGCCGUUCACUGUCACGACACGUACGGGCAAGCCCUCGCCAACGUCCUGAUGGCUCUGCAGAUGGGGGUGAAAGUGGUGGACUCCUCAGUCGCCGGUCUCGGGGGUUGCCCGUACGCCCAGGGCGCGUCAGGGAACGUGGCCACCGAGGACCUCGUCUACAUGCUGCACGGGCUGGGCGUCCAAACGGGCGUGAACCUGCAGAAGCUGAUGGAAGCGGGGGCCUUCAUCUGCCGGGCCCUGAACCGCAGAACCAACUCCAAGGUGGCCCAGGCUUCCUGCAAGCUGUGAGCCCGGGGGGGGUCCCGGCCCGGGGGGCGCGGACGGAGAGGUCGGCCCCUGGAAAGGGGCAGGGAAAUCAAUCAAUCAAUCAAUCAAUCGUAUUUAUUG